AUGCUCAAUAAUAAUCAUGAGGCUUUUGAUGAUUUUAUAAAUGCUGGUGGAGUUGGUUUUGAUCACGACUCUCUUACGGAACAAGUAAAUCCUUAUGUGGCAAUGGUUUCAGAUGCAUUUGUUGGGAACAUGGAAGAAUUAGUUGAGAACAUGGAAGAAGAGCCUAAUGCUGAAGCAAAAAAGUUUUUUCAUAUUCUGGAUGCUGCAAAAAAUCCUAUUUAUGAUGGGUGUAAAGACGGUCUGUCACAACUCUCUUUAGCAGCUCGGCUCAUGAGUUUGAAGACCGAUUAUAACCUGCCACAAAAUUGCAUGGAUUCGAUUUCUCAAAUGGUUGAUGUCUUUUGGAGCAUUCUGGAGCAUAUGGGACAUGAGGAGCAUGGAGGGACUUGGCACAUGGAAGCAGCUCAACUGGAUACGCAAAGGAAGAAGGGAGAAGCCAUCUUGAAGACCAGCUCGACCGUCUACUCGACCAACCGGUCGAGUUCCUCAACUCGACCGGCCAAGCUUCAACUCGAUCGAGCUGGAAGUCAAAGUCAAACCCGAAAAAUGUUGCUUCCCCCUUGA